ACUCUUAUCAUAUUAUCUACACCGCCACCUACACGGCCGUUGUCAGCCACCGCCUGCGGCGUCGCAAAACGCACAAUGUCCUCCUUUUCUCCCCUCCUCAGCCUCCUCCUCCUCCUCGGAGCUCUGCUAAUCUCGCCGGCGGUGUCGCUACAGUGCACGUCGCAGACUUUCUCGACGAAAGCUCACUACGCCAACUGCUCCGACCUCCCCACCCUCAAGGCUUUCCUCCACUGGACAUAUAACCAGACGAAAUCCACCCUCUCCGUCGCCUUCGUGGCGCCGCCGGCCGCCGCCGACGGGUGGAUCGCCUGGGGCAUUAACCCCACCGCCACCGGCAUGAUCGGCACGCAGGCCUUCAUCGCCUUCAAGGACCCACAGGGCAAAGUCGCCGUGAAAACUUACAAUCUCACCUCCUACGGCGGCAUAACCCCGCAGAAGCUCUCCCUGAAGGUGCUGGACUCCCGGGCGGAGGCGGCGGCGGACGGGGUGAUGAGAAUUUUCGCCACCGUGGAGCUGCCGGAAAAAAUGGCGACGGUGAACCAUGUUUGGCAGGUGGGCGCGUCCGUCAAGGACGGAGUGCCGCAGAAGCACCAAAUGAGUCAGGAAAAUCUCGACGCUAAAUCCACAUUGGACCUGACGGCGGCCGGAAACACCAUCUCCAAGGCUCCUUCUCCGGCACCCACCGCCGCCGCCCCCGGCGGCGACGGCAAAAAGACUGCGAUCUCCCCUGCUUCCGGGCAGACCACCGGCAACGACGCCGGCGGCGCUUCCAGAAACUGGAAAAGUAACAUGAAUCUACACGCAUUCUUUACAGUUGUCGGAAUUUUUGGAUUAGUGCUUUGAUUUAGACGAUAAUUCUGCUGUGUUAUUAUAAUAAAUUUUCAAGAUCAAAACUUUUUCAUUUUUUAGAAAAAAAUUUAGAACAUUCACAGUGCUGUGAUCGGAAUCUUGUAAUGGAGUUGAGGUUCUAACUUGUUGUACGUGUUAUACAAGAUCUUGUCAGCCAUGGCUAUUAUACUAAUUAAAUUCAAAUAAUACUUCAUUCUUCAA